UCCUUACACAGUCCAGCAAGUGAUAAAGAUAACCUGUUGUACCAUCUGCUGGAAAGGUAUUACCUAGCAACAGAGAGUGUUUGUUUUCCAUUUCCUUCAGGUUUCCAAACUUUUUUCACCUGUCUCGGGUAUCGUUGCCUUCGUUACCAAUCAUUCUUGCAGUACGUCGAGCGAGGGGUAUUUCAACUCACCCCAGAAUUUGUACGUAAAUUCUUUGCUGAAAUUCCAGAUGAUGAAAUACAUUCUGAAAGGAAACAUGAGAUUUUAAUCCAAUUGCCACAGUCUGACGCUUUGGAGAUGAUAGAGGACUGGAAGCAUCCAUUUGCCCUGAGGUACCUAGCUCAGCAGUAUGUUGAAGAAACACUCAAACCUGACAGCUGUUUGGAAUAUCCGUUUUAUUUAAACAGAGAAACUGCUAUUGAGAAUGAGUCAAGUCAGGCCAGUGUCAGCUCAAGGCCUGUUCACUCAGAUGAUGACCAGGAGGGAAUCACAGCAGCAUUCCCACCUCUUGGAACUUUGUUAAAACUUUUACAAGAGAAAGAUCCGAAGGUAGUCGUCGUGAACAAUGGAGUGAAUAACCAACCUAGUUGCUUCCAGAUGGAGCCAAGGAAAGUCGAGCAAGUAGCCUUACUCAAUACCAUGGAAAAAUACGGGAAUAACCUGUCAGAUGUCACAUUCUAAAAUAACAGAUUUAAUAAUAAUACAAUGAUGCUCACAUUUAUUAAAUACAUAUUACCCAAAUAAUAUAAUUUAGUUUAAAAAGUAUAUGAAAUGUUUAAAUGUCACAAGUAAGAAUAAUUUGGUUUAUAAAGAAGACUUAUCAAUAUUGCAUAUGAUAUUUUUUCUGCUGUUUGGCAUAAUGUAAAAUAUUUUUAGUAAUCUUAAAUAAGAAUACAACUACCGUAUUCGAAUAAUUGGGCAUUUAUUCGAGGGAGGCGUUCAUUAUUUAUUUAAUUUUUUUUGUAAAAUCGAUACAUAUAUCGAUUUGUUUGCUUGAGGGGGCCAUUUAUUCAAAGAGUGGCGUUUACAGUAUUCAAAUAAAACAGUAUAUGCCUAUGCACUUUUUUUGUAACUGAUUACAGCACUUUAAUGGUGGGAAAGUCCAAUCUUAAAUUUCUAAAGUUAAUUGCUAAAAGAAAAUGGGGAAAAAAUUACUGGUAUAUAAUUGCUCAUCAAAUUUAUUUUAGGUUAUAUAUAGGAGAACAUAAAUCAUAAUGACAGGGGAAAAAAUUGUAAAUAAAUGAUAUGCUUUACAUCUAAAAGCAAUAACAGAAACAUAUAAAUAGUUAAACAAAUAUUAUUUAAAUUUUGUAAUGUGCUAUAAUUGAUAAAUUUGAUUGAACGAAAUGAUUUUAAAUAUUUUAUUAUUAAACCUAAUUUAAUUUUGUGCAGAAUGUAUGCUAAUUUUUAUGAAAACAAGCACAUUUUUAUAAGGUAUCUUAUAUUUAUCAGUGCGAUAACAUUCGAAAAAAGGAUUACUGACGUAGACACUUCACAUUGUAAAUUGCAUAAUAACUAUAUCUGAUUACAUGAAAAUAAAUUAUACCUUAUCUUAUAUUUUAACCGCUAUGAUUAUCUUUAUCUUUAAGAUUAUAUAUUUUCCUUUUUAGCCUCACUUUUCUUCACCCAAUUUACAUGCUUUACAACAAACUUCUCCAUCCAUAUGCAAGUUUAAAAUUUCCCCUUUCAUUAUAUUGCUCUGCGAUUAUCACAGAGUUGAAGUUUAAUAAAAUUAUUAAUUCUAUUAUUUAAGUCAGGCAGUUUUAGGCUUUUCCAAUUAAAUGCUAAUGUCAGGGUAUUAUUUAAGCUUUCACAUGAAUUAUAUUUCCAAUCUAACCGAACUCAAUUGUUUUUCUUACGAGAUUUUGUAACAUUUUCAGACAAUUUGUCUGUUAAAUUUUUUAAAUUAUUUGUAAAUGUAUUGUGUCCUUUACAUAUUUUUCAUAUAAGACAAAGUUGUUUUUUUAGGUAUUCAUACUCCUCUUUCAUGCCAUUAGACGUCCUUUUGCGCCAAAUAUCGUAUCCAUUAUUUUCUUCGUUCGCUGAUUUGAACAUCAAUCUUAAUUAGGAAAUGAUUUGCAUUCUUUGAUAUGUUAGCAAAAAACUAUGAAUGGAAAACACUUCUCAUUGCCUUGGUUCGGGACUUUCUUCAUCUGAUCCAAAAACAAGAUUCAUCCUACUAAUUUGCGAGCCUACAAUUGAGUCCUACAAUUUAUAUUGUAGGUGUGAUAAAAAUCGGUGGUAGAUCGUGAAGAGACCAUCCCAAUGAAGGAAUAUGUCCAGUCCAAACAUGACCGGGUGCAUCGUCGAUUCUUUUCGCAUUAGGUUUGUGUUGUGAUAGACUGUCGUCGUAAUAUAGCAUGCACCAAGGUUGAAAUGUCUGUGUUUUAAGUCUCUUGGUGCCCUAGUCGAUCAAUUUAAACUUUCCGGAAUGUUUUCACUUUCUCGGUAACGGCUGUGGCGGUUCCUAUGUAGUCCUUGUUCGUAUGCUUUCAAUUGCCAUAAGGUUGUGGUUCAGUAGGGUGGCUCAUAUAUUCUACAAUUCCAAGAUUUUCAUAUUUGCGGGUAAAGAUUCGGGACAUAUGAUGACAGUUGAAAUACUUUUCAUGAAUGAUUUAUCUGCUUUCAGUGACACCGAAAUACCAAACUUCAUCAUCACUUGGCUGAGUGACACAAUACCGUUCUUUUAGAUGCAAUGUUGUCCAUUCACAACAUCAACGUAAAAUGUUUUCACGUACCUUUCAUGAUACGCAUGAACCUUAGCCUACGCACCUUGUGCCCAAACACCACAAUCAUCGACGUACAUGGCAUACUUUCCUUGUUGGCGACGUAGAACACUACUUUGAUUUCUAACAAGAAAUAUACGUUUUCCUUCAGGCACGUUUCAAUUGCCACUGGGAGAUAAUUCAAUCAUCCAUUCUGAAUUCCUUCUGGGUUCAUAAACCGACCAGUCCCAUUCAUCGCCCCAUUCAUUUGCACAGACGAAUACUCAUAUACAACUACAAAUAAUAAACAAAAAAUAUUAUAUGAAAUCGGGAGGAAGUUAAAUUUAGUUUACAUCAGAUCAUUAUCAGGUAGCCGAGUACAACACGACUAUCAGAAAACAAAAUAAUAAGGACUUACCUGCAGAAAGAUAGAAAGCCUAUUCUUAACAAAAUCUCGGAAGAAGAACAUUGCUCACUCUCGUACAAGCAUAUGUAUAAGAAAAAAAAUCCAACACCAGUAUGAUUAAACUAUAUACCUCAGAUACGGAAGAAAUCACUGGCUGUACGACAGAAACCUCGACGUUGAUGGAAUCGAACUAGCUACGAAACCAUGAUGUACUGAAAACGUCACGUUCAUAUCAACAAAAUAACGGAGAACAAUAAUAUUUCACAAAUCGUUUAUUAGCAAUCACUAAUUGAGUUUUGCCAUACCAAUUUUUUAUAACACUGAAAUAGUGAUAAUAAUAAUUCAAUAUUUGAUAAAAAAAAAAAAAAAAAAGUACAUACUAGGCCAAUAUACAAUCAUUAGUAUUGUUACUCCGAAAAAUACAAUUGUGGGGCCAUACGCUUAGUUGUUUAUUUAGUGUACCGUAAAUGCUCGAACAAACGCUGCUCUCGAAUAAGCGCCGUGGCGCUUAAUCGAGUAGUAAAACACUUUGAGAAACUGGGUUUCUUAGAUUUUAAGUGUGUUUCAUUUCUUGAAUUUCAUAUUUAUAUUAUUUGUAAUUAAUAUAAAUAAUAUUAUUGAAAAAAUAUCUUGAUUACGUUUCUAUAUAGGAAAAUAUGCAAUCUGGCGUAUAUUAAUCAUAUUAAUAUAAAACUAUGUUUAUGAUGCAUUAUUGACACCAGUGUUGUCAGAAUGCACAAUGUUUUGUGUAUAAUUCCAUCCGUUAAUACAUGGUACCUAACUUUGGCAUUACACUCUCGACAC